GCAGGCUGACGUUGGCGGCGUCCUUCUUGUCGUUUAGGUCAACAAAAUUAGUGAAAAGACGAGUUCUGACGGAAGUUCUCUUUGAUUCUGUGGAGGGAAAAUCAUUUCUUCUGAGCGACAUUUGGUUUAUGUGUUAACAUUUCACAGAUUGUCAGUAUCACAAUGAAUCAUGCAUCUUUGCUACACCAUUGUGUGGCUAUUCUGGACAGCUACGACCCCGAUGCUUUUGGAGUAGAACAGCAUCUCAAGACCUAUCUCAGUGAGAAUAAGAGCGUUAAUGAUGAGGAACAAGUGUUUCUCACUGAGGUCUUCUCAGGGUGUGUCCGCCACACCCACAUCAUGGGUGUGGUCAUCGAUGGCUUUUACAUCAAGGCAGGCAAGAGUUGCCUCCGAACCGACAUCAAUCUCUACACAGUGUUGUGCUAUUUGGCGCUGUUCAGGCUGGACGAGCUGGAAAUGGUCAACUUCAGGAAGUUUGUCCGAUCGCAAGACGUCAACAAGAUGCACAGGUUUCUGGCCUUCUUUCUGGACGAGUCUAACCUGAAGACUUGGAUCAAGGAUGAGUGGUGUAAGAUCUAUGAACACAGCUACGUCCAGGUGCAACUCGUGUCCCCCAUCCUCAGAUGGCUGCCUGAGUUGACGGAACUGGUCAACCAGCUAGCUGAUAAAAUUGCCAAUAAAGUGAAGACGCAGAGGAAAGUGAAGACCCCCACAGACGUGAAGCCCUUCAACAUCACGCAGCCUCGGCCCAGGAGUGUCCCUAUGCCGGAGAAGAUCCCACUGGUGCACAAGCACAAGCCAGUCCCCAAGACCACCUACUCCGGCCCCAGGGAAGAGAAACUCAUCCUAGAGGCCAAGGAGAGAAACCGGAGGCGGGCAGAGGAGCAACUUUACAGCGCCGCCAAGAACCAGUUUGCCUGCGCCAAUGCGGAGAAGUCGGAGAAGACCCAGCGGCGGCUGAACAAGAUCCUGGCUCAGGAGGAGAGCAAGUUGCAGUUCGACAAGCAGAAGACCAAGGAGAUGCCAGCCGCCAUCACCGACAACAUCCCCAUCAAGCUCAAUGCCGCUACCAUACUGAGGGAGGGAGCCCUCUACCAGAAGCGGGAAGAGGAAGAGAUGAAGAAGCUAGAGCUUCUGGAGGCAGGCGCCAAGGAUGCCUCCCAGUUCCUGGAGUGGCAGCAGGAGAUGCGGCAGAGGGACAUGGAGGAGCAGCUGGCCGACAUUGAGCGGCGGAGGCUGGAGGGGAAACUCAGCCAUGAGGAGGCCAUACUGGCCAGGCAGUCGCUCAUCAAGGACAACAGGGAGAAGGUGCUGGAGAUGAAGAAAGAGGCCGAGCAGAUGAUGCAGGAGUACGUCGCCAGACAACUGGAGGAAGAGAAGGUGCUGAAACAGAUGGUGGAAGACGUCAUCUCGGGACACAAGAAUGCCAAGGAGGCCAAGAGCAGGAUACAGGAAUCCAAACGCAAGAUAGUGGAAGAAGUCAGUGAGGAGAGCAGAGAUCUUCUCCAGCAAGCCUUUGAGCAGGCUGAAGCAGAGAUGAAGCGUAAGAUGGAGUUGAUCCAACAGAUCCGGGCCAUGGAGGCCACGCCUAAGAACCGCACCAAACUGAUUGAUUGGACGGCCACGGCAGGCCACUCCCUGCUGUCCGAGAUGUCCAUCGCCGAGUUGAAGGAGCGGUUGGCACUCCUGGCCACGGAGCAGCAAGAGAAACUGGAGAGCAAACGGGAUGAGAUUUUGGAGAGCAAGGAGGCCAAGGACAGGCUGCUGAUGGAGAAACUACAGCAGAUAUCCAAACACAGAGCAGCUGAGGGACAGCUCUCUGCCGUCAGACAAGAGAAGAAGAAGGCGACCAAGAACCAGCGUCCAGAGAUCAAGGACCCCAAGAUCAGCGACCUGCAGGAGAAGCUGGAAAGACGCAAAGAGGAGAGACUGCGAGCCAACAAAGAGAUGAAGAUCUCGCCCAGCAAGCAGUCCACGGCCAGGAUUCAGAGUCUGAAUAAGCAGAAGAUGAUGACAGAGGAGAAACGAUGGAAGGAGCUCGAGCAACGGAAAGAGCGACAAGCCGCUCUGCAGUCCAAGGGGAUUAUGACUGACGUGGCCGGCCAGAAACUGAACUCAUUCAGCCGGAGCAGACAGCUUGCUGCUACCGCUGCUCUGUCAUAAAAAAAAUGAAUCCUGCUUGUGAAUUUCAAUGCUCUACUGCAAUCUUCUUGUGACUCCGUCCAUGAUAUGAUGAACCACUGGUAGUGGUCUUACCAUCUUUAAAAUCUGUCCUGAGAAAUAAAGGGUCCAAAUCCCUAACUGGCUUCUGAGGCAUUUUCAAAUCUUCCUUAAUCUUCCAGCAUCUACCAUUGUGUGGAAACCCAAUAUCACAUUCUUUGUACUCAAUAUUUCAAUGGGUAUCAAGCCUUGUGGAGGGUCACAGUAGCUGGGCUGCCCGUCUCCUUUCAUCCUCUUUUACAAAUCCUGGUGGUUAUGGUAAAGGAAAUGCUGUUGAAACAUGAAGCGGUGCUCCUCGUUUAGAAAUUAGUGCCUGUUCAAUUCUGAAUCAUGCACUGUUGCCUAGAAAUGCCAGGAAUUUUGGUGUAUAAAAGCCAGUCAGUGCAUUUGCCCGCCUCAUUGAGCACAGCCUGGUCCAGUCAUGACCGUGAUAAAAAUGGAGCACAUUUCUUUAGAGACCAAGCCGUGUCCCCUUAUAACUUCAUGAAUGACAAAGGAGUUGUUCUGACUUUCAAGAAACUGUCCUCAGUUGGGAGAAUGUCGUCCACAAUGAGUUUGAAGUGCCCCCUCACUGGCACAGAAGAGAGGGGCUGUUGGAAAGUUUUUCUAACGGAGCAUGUGCAUUUUCACUUAAAACGAGCGAGAGCGCAUAUUCAAACAGAAAAUUAGUCAUCUAUGCCCAAUGUAGCCUUGGUCAAGGCAUUCGUAAUGCGGCGCAGCGUGCACCUGCCGCUCGAAAUUUCUUAGACCGCGUGAGGUCGCUCUUCGCCUCGAUUUCGAGCGGCAGGUGCAUGCUGCCGUGCGCUGUGCUGUGACGAAUGACGAACGCCUUGACCAAGGCUAUGCUCAAUGUGUCUUGUGGUAAAUGUGCAGGACCAUGUGCAAGGAGUGAAUUUCCACCAAGGAAUAUCAUCGUCGUGUAAAACAUUCCCUCUCUUGUUUUUGCUUGUACAUGUAGUUGAAUUGCAAGAGUUCUCUCUUAAAUUAGUUCCUGGCAGAGUUACAAUUGCAGUGAAUACUGAGAGUGCUUCACCAUAAUUGCUGCCCUGUUUCCAAAAACAGAGCCUGCUGUCGACUUGCGUUUGGGCAUUCACCACUCAUUAGCAACUGUUGCAGCAUUUGUGGCCCCAGUUUCUAACCCUGCCUGUCCUGACACAUUCUUGUCAAGUUACUUCAACAAAGGGAUGCAAUAAUAGCAAAAUGUCUUCUCAAGAACACACAAAACACUCUACCUGUAAAUCUGUUCCCAUGGGAGGGCCCAGUUAUGCAGUUCAGCCAUUAGCCAACACAAGAUGUAACUGCCUUAUCCUUCAAUGGUGCAGUUCAACCAUAUUUCCUUGAUUGUAGGCGAGUUGGUAAGAGGCGAGUCGGUCAGGGGGCGAGUUGGAAAGGGGCGAGUCGGUCAGGGGGUGAGUUGACCUGACACCAUUUCCUUUACCCCAGUGCAUUUUAAAGUAGAGGCCUGCAUUGAUCAGUUUGUGCAUUUUACAAACGAAUAAUAAGAGGUCUGUACUUGUGACAGUGUUGGAAAUCGCUGUGCUGGCUCUACUUCCUUGUAUAAAACAGAUUUUUUAAUUCUUGUUCAGUUGUGUACUACAUCUUUUCUUAAAUUAAAAGGGUCAAAGUUACUACAUGUAUUUGUCAAAUUGUAUAAAGAGUACACUAUUGUUUUUACUUGAUUUGUUUUAUACAAAGUAUCACAGUUGAAUUAAGUUCAUUGUUU